UCCCAAUCCCAAUUACAUCCAAAAUCCCAAAUUUGUUGAAUUCAUCCGAUUGUAACCGAGAGAGAUGGAGAUUUGGAUGAUCCCCAGUUGCAUGCUUUGCCUAAUCUUCAGUGUCAUACUUAUUUCAACAAGAAGAAGAAGAAACCCAAAGCUUCCACCGGGCCCAAGGCGGCUUCCGAUCAUCGGAAACUUGUUGGAUCUCGGAGACAAGCCCCACAAGUCCCUGGCCCGCCUCGCCAACGCCCACGGCCCAAUCAUGUCCUUGAAACUCGGCCAAGUUACCGCCGUCGUCGUGUCCUCGCCGGAGAUGAUCCGGCACGUCCUUCAAACCCACGACCACAUCACGUCUUCAAGAGCCGUUCCGGACGCCGCCGCGGUUUUCGACCACCACCAACUCGCUCUGCCCUGGAUUCCGGUCUCGCCCAUUUGGAGAAACAUUCGAAGAAUUUACAACACCCGCCUUUUUGCCCCCAACAUUCUCGACGCCAAUGAGAUCCUGCGCCGCGCCAAGCUGGAGGACCUUCUGGCAAAUAUCCGGCAAAGCGCCGUGAGCGGCGCGGCGGUGGACAUAGGAGGAGCUGUGUUUGCGACGACGCUUAAUAUGAUGUCGAACUCCAUUUGGUCGGUGGAUUUGGCGGACCCGAAUUCUGAAAUGGCGAAAGAAUUUAAGGAGACUUUGAGGGGAGUGUUGGAAGAAUCUGGGAAACCCAAUAUCAGCGACUUUUUCCCUGUGCUGAAGAUGAUGGAUAUCGAAGGUGUAAGGAGGCGCAACGCCGUUCAUUUGAGAAAGAUGUUAGAUUUGAUCGACAAGAUGAUUGAUCGACGGCUGGGAAUCAUGCGGGAAUCGCCUGAUUUCGCACCAAAAAAUGAUGUGCUACAUCAUCUUCUCAACAUGGGGGAGCACAACGGGGAGAUUUCUCUUGAUAGAAGUCAAAUCAAACAUUCAAUAUUGGUUUUAUUUAUAGCGGGAAUUGAUACAACUACGGCAAUGGUUCAAUGGACAAUGACAUAUCUUUUAAAAGAUCCAAAAAGUAUGUCAAAAGCCAAAGAAGAGCUCCAACGAGUGAUUGGGAAAGGAAAUCCGAUGGAAGAGUCAGACAUCGACAAACUUCCAUAUCUACAAGCAAUCGUCAAAGAAACCAUGCGAUUGCAAUCUUCACUUCUACUUCCUCGUCGAGCCGAAGAAGAAUUAACCAUUGGAGGCUUCACAAUUCCAAAGGGCACUCAAAUAAUGGUCAAUACUUGGGCUUUAGGCAGAGACCCAAAUGUUUGGGAAAAUCCAAAUUCAUUUAGGCCGGAGAGGUUCUUGGGUUCGGGUUCAGCUCACGCUAAAGGUCGGAAUUUUGAGUUUAUUCCGUUCGGCGGUGGUCGGAGAAUUUGCCCUGGUCAACCAUUGGCGGUGAGGGUGAUGCAUUUGAUGGUGGGUUCGCUGGUUCAUUGGUUUGAUUGGAAGCUUGAAGAUGGAACCACACCACAAAAUUUGAACAUGGAUGACAAAUUUGGUAUUACUGUGAAGAAGGCUCAUUCUUUACUAGCUGUACCUCUUCUUACGUAAUACAGAUGACACCUUUCCUAUUUAUUCUAUUUUAGUCUCCAAACUUUUAAAAUAUUGUA